GCUGGUUGCAUUCUGUUCACUAGCUUGUCCAGGGAAAAGGAUGGUCUGCGUUUUAAAUUGUCGAGGCAUGAGACGACUCUGAAACUGAAAGGCAUUCUUCAUGCUGUCAGAAUAUAUUACAAGAGGAGCACUAUGGAAUGGGGUGGAGUGUGUGUGUGUGUGUGUUUUCUCCCCUCCCUCCCCCUUUGGCUUCCACCUCUGCAGCCAAACCUGAAUGAAAGAGACUAAAUGUGAGGAAGGUUAGUAGUUGAUUCUUCCUGCUCCUGACCACAUUCAAGUGGCUGGCUUCCCAGCCCCCCUGCUGGAGCCCAUACUACUUACUGGAGAGCUGAAUUGGAACAUUGUAUGCUGGAGCCUGACGUGAUCUCUAUACGAUUGUGUGUAUGUUGUUCUUGGAAAUAACAGGGCAGCAGGCCCCGAAAAAAGCAGGUGUUAUCUAUAUGGAGAAAACCGGCUGUAGCCCAUUCCCAAUAUGCUGGGCUAAAGAAUAUGACAGAUACCUAGCAUCUAGCAAAACCAUGGCAGCAGCUUACCUAGAUCCAAACUUGAAUCAUACACCAAGUUCAAGCACAAAAACGCAUCUCAGUUCUGGAAUGGAACGUUCCCCAGGGACAAUGGAACGUGUUUUAAAAGUUUUCCAUUAUUUUGAAAAUAGCAGUGAGCCAACAACAUGGGCCAGUAUUAUACGUCACGGGGAUGCUACAGAUGUUUGGGGCAUAAUCCAGAAGAUAGUGGAUAGUCACAAAGUAGAAAAUGUAGCCUGUUAUGGUUUACGACUCAGUCAUCUGCAGUCUGAAGAAGUUCAUUGGCUACAUCCAGACAUGGGAGUAUCCAACGUGAGGGAGAAAUUUGAACUAGCUCAUGCACCAGAUGAAUGGAAAUAUGAACUGCGAAUCAGAUAUUUGCCAAAAGGAUUUCUGAACCAGUUUACAGAAGAUAAGCCAACGUUAAGUUUUUUCUAUCAGCAGGUGAAAAAUGACUAUAUGGUAGAAAUAGCAGACCAGGUGGACCAGGAAAUUGCCUUGAAGUUGGGUUGCCUUGAAAUCCGGAGAUCGUACUGGGAGAUGAGAGGCAAUGCGCUAGAUAAGAAGUCAAACUAUGAAGUAUUAGAGAAAGAUGUUGGUUUAAAAAGAUUUUUUCCGAAAAGCUUGCUGGAUUCAGUAAAGGCCAAAAACCUUCGAAAAAUGAUCCAGCAAACAUUCCGCCAAUUUGCCAACCUCAAUAGAGAAGAAUGUAUUUUGAAAUUCUUCGAGAUCCUCUCGCCAGUGUACAGAUUUGAUAAAGAAUGCUUCAAGUGUGCCCUUGGGUCAAGCUGGAUUAUUUCGGUGGAGUUGGCUAUUGGUCCAGAAGAAGGAAUCAGCUACCUUACGGACAAAGGUUCUAAUCCUACCCAUUUGGCUGACUUCCAUCAAGUGCAGACCAUCCAGUAUUCAACUAGUGAAGAUAAGGACAGGAAAGGAGUGUUACAGAUGAAAAUUGCUGGAGCACCAGAGCCUCUGACAGUGACAGCACCGUCCUUAACCAUUGCAGAGAACAUGGCUGACUUGAUAGAUGGCUAUUGCAGACUGGUCAGUGGUUCAACACAAUCUUUUAUCAUCAGACCCCAGAAAGAAGGUGAAAGAGCAUUACCAUCCAUACCAAAGCUGGCCAAUAACGAGAAACAAGGGAUACGAUCACAUACGGUCUCUGUAUCAGAUGAAAUUAGUGGGGACGAAACAGAUGACUAUGCAGAGAUCAUAGAUGAAGAAGAUACUUACACAAUGCCUUCAAAAAGCUAUGGAAUAGAUGAAGCCAGGGAUUAUGAGAUUCAGAGAGAACGGAUUGAAUUGGGACGUUGCAUCGGUGAAGGGCAAUUCGGAGAUGUUCAUCAAGGUGUUUAUGUGACCCCAGAGAACCCUACCAUGGCGGUUGCAAUCAAAACAUGUAAAAACUGCACCUCGGACAGCGUGAGAGAGAAGUUCUUACAAGAAGCCUUAACCAUGCGUCAGUUUGACCACCCCCACAUUGUCAAGUUGAUCGGUGUUAUCACAGAAAACCCUGUCUGGAUCAUUAUGGAACUUUGCACACUAGGAGAGCUGAGAUCAUUUUUGCAAGUAAGAAAAUACAGCUUGGAUCUGGCCUCUUUGAUACUAUAUGCUUAUCAACUUAGCACAGCACUUGCCUACUUAGAGAGCAAACGAUUUGUUCAUAGGGAUAUUGCUGCUAGAAAUGUGUUGGUGUCCUCCACAGACUGUGUGAAACUAGGCGACUUUGGAUUGUCCCGAUAUAUGGAAGACAGUACUUAUUACAAAGCUUCCAAAGGAAAAUUGCCCAUCAAGUGGAUGGCACCAGAAUCUAUCAAUUUCCGACGUUUUACCUCAGCCAGUGACGUCUGGAUGUUUGGUGUGUGCAUGUGGGAAAUUUUAAUGCACGGGAUAAAGCCUUUCCAAGGGGUGAAGAACAAUGAUGUGAUCGGUCGCAUUGAAAAUGGUGAGCGGUUACCAAUGCCGCCAAACUGCCCUCCCACUCUGUACAGCCUUAUGACCAAAUGUUGGGCCUAUGAUCCCAGCCGGCGGCCAAGAUUUACAGAACUUAAAGCACAGCUCAAUACAAUCCUGGAGGAAGAGAAGCUGCAGCAGGAGGAGCGAACGAGAAUGGAAUCAAGACGACAGGUUACGGUGUCCUGGGAUUCCGGAGGAUCGGAUGAGGCUCCUCCGAAGCCCAGCAGACCUGGUUACCCCAGUCCAAGAUCUAGUGAAGGAUUCUAUCCCAGUCCACAGCAUAUGGUACAACCCAAUCAUUACCAGGUCUCAGGCUAUCCCAGUUCCCAUGGAAUUCCAGCAAUGGCUGGUAGCAUUUAUCCAGGCCAGGCCUCUCUCUUGGAUCAAACAGAUUCCUGGAACCAUCGGCCUCAAGAAAUUUCCAUGUGGCAAUCUAACAUGGAGGACUCUGGCAGUUUGGAUCUGCGAAGCAUGGGGCAAGGUCUACCAGCCCAUCUAAUGGAGGAGAGAUUGAUACGGCAGCAGCAGGAGAUGGAGGAAGAUCAGCGAUGGCUGGAAAAAGAGGAGAGAUUCUUGAAACCCGACGUGAGGCUCUCCAGAGGGAGCAUAGAUCGAGAAGAUGGGAGUCUCCAGGGUCCGGUCUCUAACCAGCAUAUUUAUCAGCCUGUGGGAAAACCAGAUCACUCUGCCCCACCAAAGAAACCUCCUCGCCCAGGAGCGCCAAGCCAUUUGGGCAGCCUCGCCAGCCUGAACAGUCCUGUGGACAGCUACAACGAAGGGGUUAAGCCAUGGCGGAUUCAGCCUCAGGAAAUCAGCCCUCCCCCAACAGCCAACCUGGAUCGUUCCAAUGACAAAGUGUACGAGAAUGUCACCGGCCUGGUGAAGGCAGUCAUAGAGAUGUCCAGCAAAAUCCAGCCAGCACCGCCAGAGGAGUAUGUCCCCAUGGUAAAGGUAGGAGAGCUUUUUCCCCCUUUCUUAAAACAUCUCCAUACAGGGCUACUAACAUGUCCAGUGGAAACACGGAAAACUAUUGAGAUGGCUCAAAAACUCCUGAACUCUGACCUUGCUGAACUGAUUAACAAGAUGAAGCUGGCUCAGCAGUACGUUAUGACUAGCCUGCAGCAAGAAUACAAAAAGCAGAUGCUGACAGCAGCACACGCCCUGGCUGUGGAUGCGAAAAACUUGCUGGACGUGAUUGACCAGGCCAGACUAAAAUCUAUUGGUCAGUCCAGGACCCACUAGAGGCACAGGAGGUUGGGUUUUACAUUGUACAGUUUGAAGAGUAGCGCUCAUUCACAACAGGCAACACUUCCACCUUCCAGCAAACGUGAGAAUUGACUGGUCUCGUUCAACGAAUUCCCAUCCUGCCUAACAGAAUGAUAGAUGGUAGUGCUCUUCAGUCUUCAAACAAUUUUUCUUUUUCAAAAAAUCAACAAUGCCAAGGAAGACCCAGGUUUGAAAACAGAAUUCUUUUGACAGUCGAAACCCUUUGGAAAUGUUUCGCAGUAUGUGGAAUGGACAUCUCUUCCAACACCCGAGGCUUCUUAAAACUUUUGCAAAUGAAACUGUCCGAGCUGCAGAACUGAGAGAUAUUGUCAAGUGAAGAAUUCUGGGAAACCUCAGGGCUGAGGAUUCUUGGCUUACAAUGUGUGAACUGUUCAGACUGGAAUUCUUUUUUUAAUUAUUAUUAUUAUUAGAACACUUAGUGCCACAAAACGCUAAUCACAAUUUACAGAGAAAGAUUUAAAAGCUCUAUUUUCAAAAUGUUUCCUUCAAAAACUAAAGUCCUCUUCAUCUGCUUUCCUGCCCCUUUCACUCGGACUUCCGUGAACCCAUGGGAGCAGAAACCAGUUGAAUAAAACACAACAGAGAACUUGUCUUUUUCACCAGAAUAACGUGCCACUUUUUUGUAGCAGUUGUUUUCCUUGGAAGUGGAAAAAAGGAAAAAAAGAAGCUGCUUUGUACCAGAGCAACUUGGAGCUGCAGUUAGAAGAAAAAGUUCUGUAACCAUACAUGUUCCCCAUUUUUUAUAUAAUUUAUAAAGAAAGAUUAAAGCCAUGAUGACUAUUUUAAA